GCGGCGUCCGAGGAUCCCACAUGGAGCGCCCACGGAGGUGUCAUGUCAUUUACCAUCUUGCCACCGACCCCACCAAGACUGGACGAUGCUCUGGAACAACUUGUUCUCACGAUCCGUGCGCACCUCGUCGAAGCGAGGCCAUCCGUUUGAAUUGAAGCCACAACCCACAACGUCCUCCCGCAAGUGGCGCCUCUUCGGACGCAGCAAGGCGAGUGCCGUCGAAACCACGCCGCAGAGUACACCCGAAAACAGCCCCGUCCACCGCUUCCCACAGUUUGUCGAGACGCCGUACGUCGCGUGCACAACUCGACCCGUGGAAGUUCCUCAAGAAUACCUUUUCCAGCGCACAAACUGCGUUGGUGGAAAGAACGUGCCGUUUACCCGAAGGCAGGUCAAGGCCAAGGCACGACGCGCUCGUCGCUACCCGUCGAUCCCCGAGGAAGCGGACCUGAUUGACGCGUAGAAACCGUAGUGUCCACCUGCUGUACAAUUCAACACGUAUUUAUUCAUCGCCGCAA